AGUUCGUAGUUCGUAAACAGUGCACCUACUUGCCUGUCACAAACUUCCAAAUUCCUUCCAUCUUCGAACUUCAAACUCUGAUAAAGCAAAGCGCUUUGUCACUACCUCCACCGCGCUUGCUUAGCGUGACUACGUAGCGUCUUCUUUCUCCGUGUAUAUAUAUAUAUAUUGGCGGCGUAUCUUUCCUUUUCUAGAAGUGGAGAGACGAAAAUUGAGAGAAAUUCAGGAAUUGAGCUUGCGAAUUCGGCGAAUUCAGGAGUUUAGCAAGUGUUUUUUGUGAGCUCGGUAUUGAGGUGGCGAUGGCGAUCAAUGAGACUCCGCUGGAGAGUUCCGGAGUAGGGCAGGGGAGUGGAGGUGAGGUUGGGGAUAGUGGUAGUGAGAGUAGCAAUGUGAGGAACUGUGAUUUAAUUCAGAAGCUGCGGAGGAGACGGGGGUUGGAGGCGGCGGCGGAUGCGGUUGUGGUGGACGGCGACGCGAAGUCGGCGGCGGCGGAGGAUAAGAGUGAGAUCAGAAGCGUCGGUGGAGGAAUGGAGUCGGUGGGUGAAUCGGGGAACAAAUUCAGUGAUGGGAAUGAUCAAAAUGGUGGUAAUGGCGGUGGGAGCAGAGAAGCGGAUGAUGGAAUGUCGUUUAAGGUUUCGUAUAGGGCGUCGUCACCUGCUCACCGCCGAAUUAAGGAGAGUCCUCUAAGCUCCGACGCCAUUUUCAGACAGAGCCAUGCAGGUCUCUUCAAUCUCUGUAUAGUUGUGCUUGUUGCUGUAAACAGCAGGCUGAUUAUUGAAAAUCUGAUGAAGUAUGGGCUGUUAAUAAGGAUGGGCUUUUGGUUUAGUUCGAAAUCCUUAAUGGAUUGGCCAGUUCUAAUGUGCUGCCUCAGUCUGCCAAUUUUUCCAAUCACUGCUUUUCUUGUUGAGAAGCUUGUCCAAAAGAAGCGUAUAAUUGACCCAGUUGCAGUCGUUUUACACAUGAUGAUUACAACUGCUGCCAUUGUCUAUCCAGUUCUUGUCAUUCUAUGGUGUGAUCCUGCAAUUACAUCGGGUGUCACGUUGAUGCUUUUUGCUUGCACCAUGUUGUUAAAACUGAUUUCUUAUGCUCAUACAAACUAUGAUAUGAGAGCACUGUCAAAGUCCCAUCAUAAGGGUGAAUCGAACAUGGAUUAUACUUAUGAGGUUAGCUUCAAGAGCUUAUUAUACUUCAUGGCUGCUCCAACGUUAUGUUAUCAGUUGAGCUAUCCUCGUAAUGCAUGCAUUCGUAAGCGUUGGGUGGCAAGUCUCCUAGUCAAGUUUAUAAUAUUUGCAGGUUUGAUGGGAUUUAUCAUAGAACAGUAUAUCAACCCAAUUGUGCGAAAUUCACAACACCCUUUGAAAGGAAAUCUUUUAUAUGCCAUAGAGAGGGUCUUGAAGCUUUCGGUUCCUAACUUAUAUGUCUGGCUCUGCAUGUUCUACUGCUUCUUUCAUCUUUGGCUAAAUAUACUUGCAGAGCUACUGCGUUUUGGUGAUCGUGAAUUUUACAAAGAUUGGUGGAAUGCCAGAACGAUUGAUGAGUACUGGAGAAUGUGGAAUAUGCCUGUUCAUAAGUGGAUGGUUCGACAUGUAUACUUUCCUUGCUUAAGAAUUGGCAUACCAAAGGGGGUGGCAAUUUUGAUUGUCUUUUUCAUAUCUGCUGCUUUCCAUGAGCUCUGUAUUGCGGUUCCAUGUCAUAUGUUCAAAUGUUGGGCAUUCAUUGGAAUCAUGUUUCAGGUUCCCUUAGUCAUACUGACGAAUUUGCUCCAAAACAAAUUCAGAAGCCCUAUGGUGGGGAAUAUGAUAUUCUGGAGCUUUUUUAGCAUAUUCGGUCAGCCCAUGUGUGUGCUUCUGUAUUACCAUGACAUGAUGAACCGAAAGCUAAAUGACCAGGGUUAACCUCUCUUUUCUCUUUCUGUAAAAACAAAAAGAAAAAGAAAAAAAAAUGUAAAGUUUUUUUUUUGGCCCUGUGGGGUUUGUUUUAUAAUAUAUAGUUCUAUCGUCUGUAGUAUAUCUUUGCACAAUGUGUAUGUGCGGGUUCUGUGCAGCUCUGAGUUUAGAGUUAUGAGUUUAGUAUAAUGUAAUAGACAAUGAAAUAUGUUUCUCAUCUUCCUCCUUUUUGUUUUUUUCA